AUGGUAUAUAGCGCAAUGGGAAAUCCCUCUGGUUUCAGAAAGACAAUCACGCAUGUUGUUUUUGACAUGGACGGUCUCUUACUCGACACGGAGAAGUUCUAUACUGAAGUUAAGGAAAAUAUACUUUCUAGAUACAAUAAAACCUUUGAUUGGCCUCUUAAAGCAAAAAUGUUGGGAAUGAAAGCAAUUGAAGCUGCUAAGGUCUUUGUUGAAGAGACUGGAAUCAAUGAUUCACUUACUGCUGACCAAUUUCUUGUUGAAAGAGAAGAGAAGCUCAAGAGUUUGUUUCCAAAAAGUGAGCUUUUGCCAGGCGUUAGUCGUUUACUCAAUCAUCUUCAUGCAAAAGGAGUUCCUAUUGCUGUGGCAUCUAGUUCUCAUAGGCAUCAUUUUGAAUUGAAAACACAAAGACAUAGUGAAAUGUUUUCUUUGAUGCAUCACAUUGUUCUUGGUGAUGACCCUGAAGUUAAACAUGGAAAACCAUCACCCGAUGUAUUUCUUGUUGCAUCCAAGAGAUUUGAGGGUGGACCAGUAGACCCAAGUAACAUACUUGUUUUUGAAGAUGCACCAUCUGGUGUUCUCGCAGCUAAGAAUGCUGGGAUGUCUGUUGUUAUGGUUCCUGAUCAAAGGAUGGACAAAUCUUUUCAUGGCCCAGCAGACCAAGUUUUGGAUUCGCUAUUGGAUUUCAACCCUAGUGAGUGGGGUUUACAUCCAUUUGAAGAUAAUGAAGUUAAAUGUUUUGACGUCUUUCCUAAGGGUUAUAUGUCGAUCAAUAUCAAGAGUUGA